GUUAAGGUGAUAAACAAGAUCAAUAAACACAAUCAAGUAUAUAAUCGAAUUAGUUGUAUAGAAUUGUCUAUUAUUUGCGAUAUCUGUGUACGGCAUGCCGACAAUCAACUUUGCGCUCACUCUGCUCGACAUCGAUCCCGCGCUCGUCAGAUCAUGGUCACACUACCUCUCGACGCUGCUUCCCCGCGGCCGUCUUCCACCUGAUUUCUAUCCGAGCGUGCAAGAGUCGUCGCUAAAGACCCACGAGGGCGCGUUCGACUGCAUCGUGUCGCCGGGGAACUCGUUCGCUCGCAUGGACGGCGGGCUGGAUCUGCUGAUCUCGCGGUUCUUUAGCGAGCCACGGGCGGCGAGCUUGGGGCUGGAGGAGAAGGACGCGCUGGUUGAGGUGCUGAGGUACGUGCAGCGGGUUCAUUAUCGGCGGUGGAAGGGCUUGCAGCCGGUGGGGAGCUGCUACUUGAUUGAUAUGCUGCCGUGGAUGGCCGAGAACUGUACAGAGCGCGGCGGCAGCGAGCAGGCACGGGUGGAUUGGAAUCGGUUCAGGUGCAGGUACAUUGCGCACUCGCCUACGAUGCGGGUGCCGUCUGCGCUGUGGAGGGAGGAGAUAGUCUACGAAUGCAUGUGGUCUAUGCUCAACGAGGUUUACAACCACAACCUCGCCGUUGAGCAAGCGCAGACAAGCGGGAGCAGCACUGCAGACAGCAGCCAAAAGAAGAUUGAGCGCGUGGUGGUGACGGGGCUGGGGACGGGCACGGGGGGGUUAGAUAGGGAAGUGUGUGCGCGGUUGAUGGUCACGGCGUAUGUCAACUUUCUGGACGCGAUCGAGGCGGGCGAGGAGAGUCAGGGGGAGUGGAGGUGGAACUUGGCGCGGGAAUGGGACCGGCGGAUUUCGGGGGGGAAGAAGGGUUCUGCGUGAGUGUGUAUGAACAGUGAUGAUGAGGUGUAUUGAAAAGUAUUGAACAUUGAACAUUGAACAUUGAACAUUGAAC